UAAUGCAGUGUUUGGCGAAGUCAGUCUCAUCAUACAGGGUGCAGUUUUGGUUUCCGUUCCAUAACUUUAAUCAAACCGCGGAAAGAAGCCGAGAGAAAACGGUUCAAGGAGUAGCCGAAUCGUCGAAAGUGGUCAUGACCUUGGAUGCACUUCCUUUCCAUACGUAUCUUCCGCUCGAUGAAUAGUCAACAACUAUUCACCGAAGGGGCGGUGACCAGUAGUCUUGGUGGUGGAUAUUUUCCGAGAGUUACAACGAUUAGAGACUGGGGGAAUAAUGCUUGGAAGGCUGCUAGCCAGAUUUCGAGGAGUGAUUUGUGGUUUAUUUUUUGGCUUUGGACUUGCGGUGCUUUUUGUGACAUGGAGAGAUGACGCUUCUUACGUUAAAGAAAAUCUGAUUAUCGACGAGGUCGGAGGAGGCAGCCGAGUUGAUUCUACAUCGUUGAUUACACACGGUGAAAACAGCGACCCAAAAGAACUCUUUCUCACUGGACCAAUAGAAAACAGCAGAACAACCACAGAUGAUGAUGGCACAAACUCACCGAGCGACUUGUACAAAGCUUAUGAUCACGUGCACAGUGUCCUGUUUUUCAUUGGUUAUCCGCGUAGUCGUCACAGUCUUCUUGGCUCCUUAUUGGAUGCUCAUCCACACAUGGUGGUUUCUGAUGAGGCAAUGGCUUUUCCACGAUGGAUAGGGGGUCUCAAAACUUGGCUGAAUGGCUCGAUACACGCAUUUUACGAUACGUUAUUUGAAGCUUCGCAGCGCGCAGUUGCCCAGGGGAGACGCUCGCGUGUAUUUCAAGGAAGUGUUGUGAAUGUGACUUCUUCAUAUGCGUACUAUGUACCAAAUCAAUGGCAAGGCCAGUAUGAUCAGUAUAUCGAGGUAAUCGGAGACAAAUCAGGUGCCUUUACAGCGGGAGCGAUGAGAAAAGACAACGCCUUGGAUGCAGUCCGCCUCUUAGAGAAAGCUGCGGACGUAAAGGUGAAGUUUGUUCAUGUUGUGCGAAAUCCAUUCGACAAUAUUGCAACCAUGGUUCUGCAAGAUGCGAGGGUCAAAAAAAGGGAAACGGGUAAACGUAAAAUGAAGGUUGGAGCUCCUUCUAUACUGGACGAGAGUAUAAAUCGUUAUUUUGGCUGGGCAGCAGGUUGUAACAAAGCCAGGCAAGCGUUUCCAGCUAGUGUUAUCGAUAUUCCAAGUCUGGAAAUUGUCAAGAAUCCUGCAGACACUCUAAGAAAUAUCUGCAAAUUCCUGGGCAUCACUUGCUCAGAGCGUUAUAUAGAGGACUGUGCAGCCACUGUAGAUCCAGUUCCAUCAAUGACACGUGACUUUAUUGAAUGGACCGCUGAACAAAAGAACCGCGUUUACGAAGAAAUGAAAAAAUACUCCUUUUUUGAUAGUUAUUCAUACGAUCAAUGAGACAUAAUCAUAGUAAACUGUUAUAUUAAGGGCUAAUGAUGUCUUUAUCAAAAUUAGAAUAUAUUAUUAUAUUGUACUAAACGAAACUUUAAGAGAU